CUUAAGCGUUAUCUCUCAGGAUUUUGGUCUGAACUCUGAAUUCUGAAACAUCAAAAGGAGGAAAAAAAAAAAAAAAAACCUCCUCUUGGUUGCUUUAAAACGGUUCGUUUUAGCCUCUUCUCGCUUCCGAUCGACCAAUCUCUCUCCGUCGGAAGAUCCGAUAAUCUUUUCCAAUCUCAAACCCUAAUUUGCCUCUUCUUCUCUGCGGUUUUCUCCUUCAAUUUCGAGAGCUUCUUCUUCCAUUGACGAAAAGCUCGGAGCUUUUGCUUUGCUGUGUUGGGAGCUUUCGGAUUGGGGGCGAGAAUGGCGGGAGGCGGGAGCAGGAGGGAGGAGUCGCUGGUGAUAAACAGCACCAACGUUUUUGCGGCGCUCGGGAGCUUGAAGAAGAAGAAGAAGCCGUCGGAGAAGGGCUCGUCGAAGGGCAAAGGCUCUUCAGCUAGGAAGCCGGAGAAGGAGCCGGAGAAGGAGGUGUUUUGGGCUCCGACGCCGCUCACCAAGAAGUCCUGGGCCGACGUCGACGACGAGGACGAUGACGAUUACUACGCCGUCACGGCGCCGCCGCAAUCGGUCUGGGGCGCCACCGCUGAUUCCGCCACGGCCAAGGACGCCCAGCUGGAGCCCGAGAGUGAGCCUGCUCUUGAGGUAAUAAGCGAGAGUGAGGAAGAAGCUCUUGAUGAAGUCGAUGAUGAUGUGGAUGAAGAACAUGAGCAUGAACCUGAAGCACCAUUGCAAACUGAGUCAGUUAAGAAGCCUGAUGAAGUUUAUGUUCCUCCUAAGGAAUCAGAAAGGCAGCUCUCCAAGAAAGAACUGAAGAAAAAGGAGCUUGAAGAACUUGAUGCUGUUCUUGCUGAGUUAGGAAUCAGUGGCCAAGAUGAUUCCCGUGGUGCUGCUCAAGAGAAGAAAGAAGAGAACCUCAAUGGGGAGGUGGACAAGAAGGAAAAUGCUGGUGAGAGCAAAUCUGCAAAGAAGAAGAAAAAGAAAGACAAAUCAAAAGAGUCAAAAGAAUCUCAAGACCAGGCUGACGGAGCAGAUGGAGGAAACGCAGCAGAUGAAACUGCUGAGGCUGAGAACGUGGAAGAUUUACCCGCAAUAGAUGUCAAAGAGAGGCUAAAGAAAGUAACAUCCAUGAAGAAGAAGAAAUCAAGCAAAGAGAUGGAUGCUGCCGCACGAGCUGCUGCGAGUGAAGCUGCAGCCAGGAAUGCAAGGCUAGCUGCCGCAAAGAAAAAGGAGAAGAAUCACUACAAUCAGCAGCCGGUAAGGUAAACCGGCCAGUUUUGUUUUAAAUUUAUCUUUUCUUUUUCAUAUAUGAACAUGUACUGUUGUUCAUUUGUUGGAUGUCAAAAUAAACUCUUUAGGAACUGGUUUUUCGAAUUUGAACGUCAACAAGAUACUUGUUUUUACUUAAAAGGAAAAAGGAAAAUAUGUUCUUAUAUCUUUCC